UCUCCCCUAUGGGAGUUUCACGGGUUCACGGGGCUGCUGUAGACGAGGCGGACGAGGCCAAGUGGGAAGUGUAAUGUAGGAGUAGGGAACUGUGAAUGAAUUAAUAGUAUUAGAAUGUUAUCCAAAGAACUUAGAGCACAGGCUUUAGAGUUCUUGAAGAGUAGAAAAAACGCCAACAAUUUAAUUAGCAUCAUAUCAUUACUUGAGAAUGAAGGAAAUAUACAGCCCUGUAUUUUAGCACUAGAAAUGAUAUUCACAGAAGUUUUAAAAAGAAGGGAAAUAAGCAGAGAUUUCACAGCUGCUGCCAGUGAACAUGAAGUAAAUGCAGAAACAAAGUACCAAGUAUGGCUUCGAGAAUGUUACGAAGACACUUUCAUGAGACUGCUUUCAGUUAUGUCAAGGCAUAAGCCUUCCAUGCAAUUACAGGCCUUGUCCACAAUGAUGAAGCUAAUUAGUUUAGAAGGGAAGUAUCCUAUUGAUUACAGGGGAAAAGAAGAAUACUAUUUUCCAGUUCAGAAACUGCGUCCAAUUGUACUUGAGCUCCUUUCUUCAGAACGUAGUACAGAACACCUACUUUCACGGUUUCAAGAAUUCACUGCUUACGAAGAUGUUCUGUACUAUGUUUGGAAACUGCUGCCAACUGUUGUACUGAACAAGCAACAGCCCAGUGAAGUGUUCAUAAAGAAUUUUCUUAGCUUAAUGGACAAAAUCCCAAUACAUAUAGAGACCAUAAGAUAUGAAGAGAGCCGGGAAUCGCUGCUUUGUUGUAGGGAAGGUGGCCCAGAUUUUGUCCAAAAUUCUGACCAUUUGCGUAGAUGGCUAAACAGGGUGUGGAGUGUUGUUAUCCGGUGGGAACAUUCUUCAGCAAUUCAUCAACAGCUGCUGGUCGUUCUGCUAGAAUGGAUAUUGCCUCAUCUCGAUAAACCACUGUUACUCACUGAUUAUCUCAUGGAUUCAUUGGACAUGGGUGGAGCUGUCAGUUUGUUGGCGUUACAAGGCAUUUUUAUCCUUAUCAAGAAUCACAACCUGGAAUACCCAAAUAUCUAUGGCAAACUGUAUUCCAUGUUUGAGCCAGAGAUAUUUCAUACAAAAUAUAAGGCUCGACUGUUCUACUUGUCAGAUAUGUUUCUGAGUUCCACGCAUUUAUCAGAGCAUUUAGUGGCAGCUUUUGCAAAACGGUUGGCACGUCUUACUUUAGUUGCACCGCCUCAUGACAUCCAAAUUAUUCUGAUGUUCAUUGGCAACUUGAUAUUGCGACAUCCUGGCCUCAAGAGACUUCUUAAUCACCCAAAAGGUGGAGAAGUAAGCUUAGAUCCAUACAUCAUGGAGGAACGCGAUCCAAUUAAAAGUCAGGCAAUUGAGAGUUCACUGUGGGAACUGCAAACACUGCAGAAUCAUAUUUUGCCUAAUAUUGCCACAGCAGCAAAGUUUAUUAAUAUGCCACUACCAUCUGUGGAAUGGGACAUGAGCAAGAUUCUUGAAAAUUCUGCUGAUGAUAUUUUUGAAAAAGAAUUGAAGAAGAAGGUGAAAGAAAUUACAUUGACAUUUGACAGACCACAGUCUGUAUCAUCGUCAAAAGGAGAAAAAGUGACUCAAUAUUGGGCUCUUACAUAAGUGCAUUAAUGUUUUAUAUUUCUGACCAUUGUAGAAUGUGUACUAUACUUAUAACUUAAGAACCUUGCAUUAAAUUGAUUUUCUUCUGUUGCACAGA